CGACCCCUCUCUCUCUUCUACGCAUCUCUUCGGUUUCUUCAACUCCUCUUCAUCUUGUUUGUAAUCAAUUGACUCCUUGCUUCUUCAAUUCGUAAUUUUUUUGGUCGGCAAGGUUAUAGAAUCGUAUUUCUAAUCCCUCAACGCGUUUUAUUUCUCUGCGGGUCAUGUUUAUAAUUUUUUUUGAUAAAAAUUCAUUUUCCUCGUUUCGUUCUCCAUAAAAUCGGAAGAAUGGUUUUGGACUGGAGGAGACAAAGUCAGGGUCUGCAUCAUCCAGUGCUUAAUACUAAAUGUAAAUCUUGGUUUAUUGGAAGAAACUGCUUCAAUUCUUAGGAAGUCUUGAGGAGACAUUCAAUUUCCGGAGUACUGAUAAGAAAUCCAAAGUUAAUGGCUAUAGCGGUUGAUCUAGGACGGGAAUUGGUAAGGCAAAAAAUCAGGCUUACCUACGGAGGAGGCAACGUUGGUCUUCAAGGAGCUGUAGCUUCAACAGUCUAUAAUAAUGGUGGUAGAGUCCGAGGUUUCAUACCAGGGUAUAUAGCAACACGACAGGUUUACGGACCUUCGUACGGUGUAGAGUAUACCGUCUCCAGCAAUUAUUCUAAGUAUUUCGAGAUGAAUCAUAUUGUGGAAGCCUUCAUCAUACUUCCUGGAGGGAUUGACACUAUGGAAGGUUUAUUCACUUUGAUCUCAUGGGCAUCCGAAGGGUUACACAUUAAACCCAUUGGUCUUUUGAACAUUGACGGUUAUUUCAAUAACCUAAUCAAGUUUCUAGAUGAUGCGGUGAGGCAGAACUUCAUGGCUUCCAGUCAAAGAAAACUUUUCAUUUCUUCUUUCUUUAUAGGUGAGCUUUUAGACAAGCUAGAGUUCACUAAAGCUUUUCCGGCUUUUGGGGCUAAUUAUGACGAGUUCACAAAUCCUGGGGGAUUAGAUUUGGAGUUACAUUUGUAAUAUUACUUCAUGAUCACGUCACAUCAUUCUAUUGACCUGCGUGUAGCAAAUAAAACACACUACACGCUCAGCGGUAAAGCUGAGUAAGCAUAUCUAAUGCGUCGAACAUCCACAUAAAUUGAAUCUCAAUUC